AGGAAGCGAGGAAAGAAUGCCAAGUAUGUCCAUGUUUGUCCAGGGCUGGCUCUCCAUUCAGCCCCCAGUGACGUGCUGCGAGGGCCAGCGAGUAUAAAGGGAGCUCCGGUCCCGAGCAGAACUCAGAUCAACUCCUCUACCGAAGCUAAACUCUAGCUUUCACCAAGAAAAGAUUUAAAGACCGGAGCUGCAGUUUGACAAGAGAUCGACUCGAUCAGAAAAGUUCCUCGAGCUACUUAAGAGACUACAAGGAAGAUUUUUCUUUUCCUUUCUCCCUGGAGGUUUUUUUUUGGGAAGAAUUUAAUACUAGAAAGCAAGAAGAAGAUGUCUGCUGGGAUGAAGAACGUGAUUUUGCUGCCUUUGCUGUGCACCGUGAUGCUCUCACACAUGGCUGCAGGUCAGGAAUGCAGCGGCCAGUGUUCGUGUCCGUCGGCUCCCCCUCAGUGCGCUCCGGGAGUCAGCCUGGUUCUGGACGGCUGCGGCUGCUGCAGGGUUUGCGCCAAACAAAUGGGGGAGCUGUGCACCGAGAAGGACGUCUGCGAUCCUCACAAAAGCCUCUACUGUGACUUCGGAGCCCCCAUCAACAGGCGCAUAGGAGUCUGCACAGCUCGGGAGGGAGCCACCUGUGUGUUCGGCGGCAUGGUGUACAAGAGCGGAGAGUCCUUCCAGAGCAGCUGUAAGUACCAGUGUACCUGCCUGGACGGGGCGGUGGGCUGCGUGCCCCUCUGCUCCAUGGACAUCCGGCUGCCCAGCCCCGACUGCCCCAUGCCCAGACGGGUCAAGGUGCCCGGAAAGUGCUGCGAGGAGUGGGAGUGCGACUCCCCCUACAGACACAGCUUCAUGGGCUCUGCUUUGGCCGCGUACAGAGAGGAGGAGACCUAUGGCCCAGAUCCCUCCAUGAUGAGGGAGAACUGCCUGGUCCAGACUACUGAAUGGAGCGCCUGCUCUAAGACCUGUGGCCUCGGCAUCUCCACCAGGGUCACCAACGACAACCGCGACUGCCGCCUGGAGAAGCAGACCCGGCUGUGCAUGGUGCGACCGUGCGAGUCCCAGCUGGAGCAAAGCAUUCGGAAAGGGAAAAAGUGCAUCCGCACCCCGAGACUCUCCAAACCCAUGAAGUUUGAGAUCUCCGGCUGCACCACCACCAAGUCCUACCGGCCCAAGUUCUGCGGCGUCUGCCUGGACGGCCGCUGCUGCACCCCCCACAGGACCACCACCCUGCCCAUGGAGUUCAAGUGCCCCGACGGACAGGUCAUGAAGAAGCACAUGAUGUUCAUCAAGUCCUGCGCCUGCCACCACAACUGCCCCGGCGAGAACGACAUCUUCGAGUCCAUGUAUUACAAGAAGAUGAUGGGCGACAUGGCGUGAGGGCGCCCGCUGGGACGAUCGCAGCUUAUGACUUGAAAACAGAACUCCAUCUCAUUUUUGCAGCUCAGUAUAUAUGUUUUUAUUUUGUUUUCUCAUUGUUAAAGUAGCCCAGACGCCCAUUUCGGUGUCUGCUUUGUACGGCUGGUGCACGUCAGCCUCAUAGACUCAGACAGAGGGUUGCCUCAGCAGCUCCGAGAGAUUCCUGCACUAUAACUUCUUUUGUUUUUUGUUUUUAUUUUUGACGAACCUACUGUCAGGUUUCCACCAGUUUCCCCCUAGAAACCCCUCUUACAAGCCCGUCCAUUUUUACUGUAUAUGUAAACCUUGACCUCCUCUGUAAAUGAGGUGUCUAAUGAGUCCAAGACCAGACCUGCAAACUCUAAGCAGCUGCAGAGGGAGACCACAGUGUUCCCUUGUCCAACCAGGUCUCAAUGUGUCCUUGUGCGAAUGUGUGAGUUUGUGUGUGUGCGAGCGAGCGAGUGCGUCAGGCCUGAAUUUCAGCCUUGUCUGAGUGGAGGAAAGGUCAGAGUUUCCGCGCGACACGUGGACGAGAAAAGCGAGCAGCAGCGAGCAGAGCUAAGGGUCAGAUAUGGAAGACAGCGGGCUUCGCCUCGGCACUGAGAAAAGACAAGAAAAGGAGAGCGUUGACUUUUACUGAUUCAGGUCAGAAAGAAGAAGAAGAAGAAGAAACCGAGCAUCUAUAGGAACAAAAAAAAAGAAAAAACUGUCUAUUUUGUACAAAAAAUAGAAGACUGGAAGAAUUGUAAUUUCAUUCCUUUUUUUUUUAUUGUUAUUGUCGAUGUGUAAAUUGUGUGUAUAUUUGUACAGUUUAAGUUAAUUUAAAACAAAAAAAGCUAACGAUGUUCUGUGCUUCGAAACGUAUCGAUAGCGUAUUUUUUUGUCGACGGUAUUUUUUACUAUUUUAUUGAGAAGUGUGACAAAGAUGUUACAUGUUUGACUUUGUAGCUGGAAAUAAAAUCUUAUAUUUUUAUACAAACACGA